AUGGACUAUGAGUUGGAGGAGGACAAACUGUAAGUAAAUAUGAUUUGCAUCCUUUUCUUGUUCUACAAGUACAGUGCUAUCAGAAAGUAUUCAGACCCCUUCCCUUUUUCCACAUUUUGUUACGUAACAGCCUUAUUCUAAAAUCGAUUAAAUAAAAUGUUUUCCUUAAUCUACACACAAUACCCAAUAAUGACAAAGCAAAAACAGGUUUUAUAAAUGUUUGCAAAUGUAUACAAAAUACAAAUAAGUAUUCAGACCCUUUGCUAUGAGACUCGAAAUUGAGCUCCGGUGCAUCCUGUUUCCAUUGAUCAUCCUUGAGAUGUUUCUACAACUUGAUUGGAGUCCACCUGUGGUAAAUUCAAUUGAUUUGACAUUAUUUGGAAAGGCACACACCUGUCUAUAUAAGGUCCCACAAUUGACAGUGCAUGUCAGAGCAAAAACCAAGCCAUGAGGUCGAAGGAAUUGUCCGUAGAGCGCCGAGACAGGAUUGUGUCAAGGCACAGAUCUGGGGAAGGUUACAAAAAUGUUUUUGCAGUAUUGAAGGCCCCCAAGAACACAGUGGCCUCCAUCAUUCUUAAAUGGAAGAAGUUUGGAACCACCAAGACUCUUCCUAGAGCCGGCCACCUGGCCAAUCCGGGGAGAAGGGCCUUGGUCAGGGAGGUGACCAAGAACCCGAUGGUCACUCAGACAGAGCUCUAGAGUUCCUCUGUGGAGAUGGGAGAACCUUCCAGAAGGACAACCAUCUCUGCAGCUCUCCACCAAUCAGGCUUUUAUAGUAGAGUGGCCUGACUGAAGCCCCUCCUCCAGUAAAAGGCACAUGACAGCCCGUUUGGAGUUUGCCAAAAGGCACCUAAAGGACUCUCAGACCAUGAGAAACAAGAUUCUCUGGUCUGAUGAAACCAAGAUUUAAAUCUUUGGCCUGAAUGCCAAGCGUCACUUCUGGAGGAAACCAAGCACUGCUCACCUGGCCAAUACUAUCCCUACGGUGAAGAAUGGUGGUGGAAGCAUCAUGCUGUGGGGAUGUUUUUCAGUAGCAGGGACUGGGAGACUAGUCAGGAUCGAGGGAAAGAUGAACGGAGCAAAGUACAGAGAGAUCCUUGAUGAAAGCCUGCUCUAGAGCGCUCAGGACAUCAGACUGGGGCGAAGGUUCACCUUUCAACAGGACAAUGACCCUAAGCACACAGCCAAGACAACACAGGAGUGGCUUCGGGACAAGUCUCUGAAUGUCCUUGAGUGGCCCAGCCAGAGGCCGGACUUGAACCCGAUCUAACAUCUCUGGAGAGACCUGAAAAUAGCUGUACAGCGAUGCUCCCCAUCCAACCUGACAAAGCUUGAGAGGAUCUGCAGAGAAGAAUGGGAGAAACUCCCCAAAUACAGGUGUGCCAAGCUUGUAGCGUCAAACCCAAGAAGACUCGAGGCUGUAAUCGCUGCCAAAGGUGCAACAAAGUACUGAGCAAAGGGUCUGAAUACUUAUGUAAAUGUUAUAUUUCCAGGGGGGUUUUAUUAUAAAUGUACUAAAAAGUUUUUGCUUUGUCAUUAUGGAGUAUUGUGUUUAGAUUGAUGAGGGGAAAAAACAAUUUAAUCAAUUUUAGAAGAAGGCUGUAACGUAACAAAAUGUGGAAAAAGUGAAGGGGUAUGAAUACUUUCCAAAUGCAGUGUACAUCUCAUCUAAUUGGCUUUGACAGCGCUUGCUUUCCCAAAUCAUAUUGUAGACACUAGACAGACAAUGUAUUAAAAGGAUCUCCGAUUCUUCUUCAACAGGGGGAUCCCUACAGUCCCUGGGACUGUAUCCCUGAAGAAGGAUGCUCAGAACCUGAUAGGGAUCAGCAUCGGGGGUGGGGCACAGUACUGUCCCUGUCUCUACAUUGUCCAGGUAUUAUGUACCUCUAUACUGUACCUCAGACCAUUAGAGCGGUUGUGUUUGGUUCUUGAUUCAGUAGCUACAGUUGAAGUCAGAAGUUUACACACACCUUAGCCAAAUACAUUUAAACUCAGUUUUUCACAAUUCCUGACAUUUAAUCCUAGUAAAAAUUCCAUGUCUUAGGUCAGUUAGGAUCACCACUUUAUUUUAAGAAUGUGAAAUGUCAGAAUACUAGUAGAGAGAAUGAUUUAUUUCAGCUUUUAUUUAUUUCAUCACAUUCCCAGUGGGUCAGAAGUUUACAUACACUCAAUUAGUAUUUGGUAGCAUUGCCUUUUAAAUUGUUUAACUUGGGUCAAAUGUUUCGGGUAGCCUUCCACAAGCUUCCCACAAUAAGUUGGGUGAAUUUUGGCCCAUUCCUCCUGACAGAGCUGGUGUAACUGAGUCAGGUUUGUAGGCCUCCUUGCUCGCACACGCUUUUUCAGUUCUACCCACACAUUUUCUAUAGGAUUGAGGUUAGGGCUUUAUGAUGGCCACUCCAAUACCUUGACUUUGUUGUCCUUUAGCCAUUUUGCCACAACUUUGGAAGUAUGCUUGGGGUCCUUGUCCAUUUGGAAGACCCAUUUGCGACCAAGCUUUAACUUACUCAUUACCUGUAUAAAAGACACCUGUCCACACACUCAAUCAAACAGACUCCAACCUCUCCACAAUGGCCAAGACCAGAGAGCUGUGUAAGGACAUCAGGGCUAAAAUUGUAGACCUGCACAAGGCUGGGAUGGGCUACAGGACAAUGGAGAGGUUGGAGUCUGUUUGAUUGAGUGUGUGGACAGGUGUCUUUUAUACAGGUAAUGAGUUCAAACAGGUGCAGUUAAUACAGGUAAUGAGUGGAGAACAGGAGGGCUUCUUAAAGAAAAACUAACAGGUCUGUGAGAGCCAGAAUUGUUACUGGUUGGUAGGUGAUCAAAUACUUAUGUCAUGCAAUAAAAUGCAAAUUAAUAACUUACAAAUCAUACAAUAUGAUUUUCUGGAUUCCGUCUCUCACAGUUGAAGUGUACCUAUGAUAAAAAUUACAGACCUCUACAUGCUUUGUAAGUAGGAAAACCUGCAAAAUCGGCAGUGUAUCAAAUACUUGUUCUCCCCACUGUAGGCCUUGAAAUACAUCCACAGGUACACCUCCAAUUCUCAAAUGAUGUCAAUUAGCCUAUUAGAAGCUUCUAAAGCCAUGACAUCAUUUUCUGGAAUUUUCCAAGCUGUUUAAAGGUAAAGUCAACUUAGUCUAUGUAAACUUAUGACCCACUGGAAUUGUGAUACAGUGAAUUAUAAGUGAAAUAAUCUGUCUGUAAACAAUUGUUGGAAAUAUUACUUGCACAAAGUAGAUGUCUUAACCGACUUGCCAAAACUAUAGUUUGUUAACAAGAAAUGUGUGAAGUGGUUGAAAAACGAGUUAAGUGUAUGUAUCCAGAGUGUUAACUAAGUCAGAAACAUUAGAUUAUGGAUGCAUUGUAUAACCCAUUAUCCUGAACUUUCUUAAAGCAUUUUGUUUUAAGGCUCUGAGCUCUUAUGGCUUGGUUUUUGUCAUUAUUGGAUAUAUUCUUUACCUGUAACUGGGAUCUCUGUCAGGUCUUUGACAACACCCCUGCUGCUCUGGAGGGGACUCUGGCGGCUGGCGACGAGAUCACAGGAGUGAACGGCAAACCUGUGAAGGGCAAGACAAAGGUGGAGGUGGCAAAGAUGAUUCAGGCUGUCCAGGUACAAUAAGAGGGCUUGGAAUCAACUUUUCAAUCAAUUUUGGUUUGAUACUAUAAAAUGCUACAAACCAGUUAUAGUUAUUUUUUUGAUAGCCACACAACCCAAACCAUAAGGCAAACCAUAUACCAACACUGACAAGACUAGCACUUACCAGUAGAUACAAAUUAAAAGUCCAAAGCCACUGUAUUUUAUCCUGGAUUCUGUGUUUUUUACCAGUAAAUGACCAGUCAGUCUGAAAAGGGCUGCGGUCACUAUUAGACGUUGAAUAAGAGGGACACCUCAGAUCGCUCAGCGCAUUUAGUGAGAACAGGACAAUAGCCAGGAGUUUGGGCCCUCACGUCACCAGUGUGGAGUGGCAAUGUUGUUUUUGAAUCCAUUGUGACGACACAGGAAGCUAUGUGAGUUCAAUGACUACCCCACCAUGGUCUGUGCUCAGGAUUAGAGAGAUGGGGAGAGAUGCUCCACUGUCUGUAUUAAAGGAUUAGAAUGUGCCAUUGUUGCCCUUAGGCUUUGCUGACUCUUUCAUUUUUUUGCCUGCUAUGCCCACUGAGUUAAUCGCCACAGUGGUAUUUAUUGAUAUUACUUGCAAACUUUGUGCAGUUUUAUCAGAGAAUCUGUAAUUCUUAUGUUUCUACACUUGCAGAAGCACCUUUGUUUGGCAUAAAUAACUGCUAUAUUGUGCAGUCUUGUCCUUCAUGAUUUUCAGUUUAAAUUAGUUGCAGACACACUUAGUACACAUGGAUGGUUUGGCAAUAUCUGGUUGACCCAUGACCUUUCUGUCACUCGAGUCCCCAGACUAACCAGGGGAGGGAGCCAAUGUCAGGUUAGGUAGAUCUAUCAAUACUGUAUUGUCUGGGGGAACCCGUAGGCUAUAUAUUUUAGUUUGAGUAAUAUGACCCCUGGUGGAAGUAUCUAUGUGGAUUUGCAUCAUGGUUUUUUAUUAUAUUGAGGUGGUGUUUGAGUUACUGACUUCCUUAUCUCUUCCAUGCAUUCCUCUUGUCUUUGCAGGGAGAAGCAACGAUCCACUACAACAAGCUGCAGGCUGACCCCAAACAGGGGAAGUCACUGGACAUAGGUAACAGUCGCAGAAUAAAUAUCUCUAAAAUAUACAGGUAAUUGACAAAAUAAGGGAAACACCAACAUAGUGUCUUAAUAGGGUGUUGGGCCACCACGAGCCAGAACAGCUUCAAUGCGCCUUGGCAUAGAUUCUACAAGUGUCUGAAACUCUGUUGGAGGGAUGCGACACCAUUCUUCCACAAGAAAUUCCAUCAUUUGGUGUUUUGUUGAUGGUGGUGGAAAACGCUGUCUCAGGCGCCGCUCCAGAAUCUCCCAUAAGUGUUCAAUUGGGUUGAGAUCGGGUGACUGACACGGCCAUGGCAUAUCGUCAAACAUCAGCCAAUUGAGCAGUCUUCGUCACUGAAGCGCUUGCCAAACGUGCCCCAACAAUCACCCCUCUUUCAAAGUCACUAAGAUCUCUUCUUCUAGCCAUGGUAGCCAAAAUAAUGGGCAACUGGGCCUGCCCAGCAUUUGUAUACAUGACGCUAAGCAUGACAGGAUGUUAAUUCCAUACCUGUGUGGAAGCACCUGCUUUCAUUAUACAGUAUUCCUCAUUUACUGAAGUGUUUCCUUUAUGUUGGCAGUUACCUGUAUAUGGAUAGAGUACUGUCCUUACUCACCAGACAGACAGAUGCUACCCAUCAUAGUAUGUUUUUACAUUGUGUUGUGUGUUAUCUGGUGUGUUUUAGUGCUGAAGAAGGUGAAGCACCGCCUGGUGGAGAACAUGAGCUCUGGUACAGCCGACGCUCUGGGGCUCAGCAGAGCCAUACUCUGCAAUGGUGAGACUGGGACAAAACACGCUGUCCAUGUUAUAGAUUUCUCUUAUUUUUUUCCAACUUUUCUUUCCUCGUUCCAUACAUUGAAAACAGUCAAUAGAAGCCAAUUCUGUUGACAUCACCCCUAAGACACUGACCGUGUCCGAAUACCCAUACUAGCGUACUACAUACUUAAACUGCAUACUCAUUUCGCCAUUUGAUCUAGUAGAAUUCACUUGUCUUUUCCAACUCACGUGUUUGACAACAGCUGAUAAUCAGAUAAAUUAACGCGCUGUAACAAAAUGAACGAAUGGCAUGAGUCAAUGCAAUCACGCAUUAGAUGACUCAUUCGGAGUACUAUUUUUAAAAUGUCACAUACUAUAAAAUGUAUGGGAAUUCGGCCACGGCCGCUGUAUAAGCUCUGUUCCAUCUCAUGAUUACUGAUAUCUUCUGGACUGGGGAGGGGCACUAUGCCACUACUGUAAGUGUCCUUAUACUAGGUCCUUUUCUUUUUCAGAUGGGCUGGUGAAGAGACUGGAGGAGUUGGAGAAAACCGCAGAGCUGUACAAAGGUAUAUUUUAAAAGGUGUCAUACAAGUUCACACAAACAUUUGACCUCGAUUGUAAUGUUAUUUUGUGUGACAUUCUCCAUGCUCUCUCCCCUCUUCAUGCACCACUGUCCUUGUUUGUCUCCUUACAGGCCUGAUGGAGCACACAAAAAGACUGCUCAGAGCCUUCUUUGAACUCUCUCAGACUCACAGAGGUGAGUUACCAUGCCUUGAAACUACACAAACAUUAUAUUAAACUACAGAUAUAGACACAGUGUAUAAUGAUCAUACUCAAGCUCCCUCACACUGAAAGUGAACAGGUUUGUAUUUAUUGUAAUGAGUUGCAUGCGAUGAGACUAGAUGUUUGAUUGUUCCACUCUCUCCCUCUGCCUUGAUGACCCUCAGCGUUUGGGGAUGUGUUCUCUGUGAUCGGGGUACGGGAGCCUCAGGCUGCAGCAUGUGAGGCCUUUGUGAAGUUUGCUGAGGCCCAUCGCAACAUGGAGAAGUAUGGCAUCCAGCUGCUAAAGACCAUCAAGCCAGUGAGUAGUAGAAGACAUUAACAAACAGUCAAAUCAAUACACAAACCAUUAACAGGAUUCAUAUGUGAACACUCCAACAAGCUUGCAUUCACUCCUGCAUAUACCUUGAUUAGAUAACGUACAUCCCCACACAUCCUUACAUGUGUAUAUAUAGUGAAUCAACUCCUACAUGUGGACUAAUCAUGUUCCUCUCUCUGUCUCCUGUUUUGUAGAUGCUCCAUGACCUGAACACCUACCUUCAUAAGGCUAUACCAGACACCAAGCUCACCAUCCGCAAAUACCUGGAUGUCAAAUUUGAGUACUUGGUGAGAGCAGACCCCUUAUUCAAAAUGUCAACAUUGAUCAACUAAAAGCAGGGUCUAAACUGUAGCGAAGCAUUUCUUUCUAAUGUGUUAGUCAUUGGAGUAAAAGUGAAUCCAACAUCCAUAGAGCUACGUACAGAGCAGCCCUUGUCCUAAAUUUCUAGAAACAGGGGCAGGGCUUUCUCCUAUAGACUCAUUUUAUGGAAAGUCCCUCCCAUUGAAGAGCAGAUCGGUUCAACCUUAGUCUUAAGAGAUAUCUCUUAGUAGUCAUAUAUUGAGUGAGUCGCCAGAGUGUGAAGGUAACGAAGGCGGAGCAAGACAGCCUGCUGUCUCUGCGGCGUUCCCUCUCAAUGGGUGUCUAACCCUGUUGCAGGCUGAGUCACUGGCUUGCUGGUGCUCUUUCAUGCCGUCCCUGGGAGGGGUGCGUCACUUGAGUGGGUUGAGUUACUGACGUGAUCUUCCUGUCUGGGUUGGCGCCCCCCCCUUGGUUUGUGCUGUGGUGGAGACCUCUGUGGGCUAUACUCGGCCUUGUCUCAGGAUUGUAAGUUGGUGGUUGGGGAUAUCCCUCUAGUGGUGCGGGGGCUGUGCUUUGGCGGAGUGGGUGGGGUUAUAUCCUUCCUGUUUGGCCCUGUCCGGGGGUUUCUUCGGAUGGGGCCACAGUGUCUCCGGACCGCUCCUGUCUCAGCCUCCAGUAUUUAUGCUGCAGUAGUUUAUGUGUCGGGGGGCUGGGGUUAGUUGGUUAUACCUGGAGUACUUCUCCUGUCUUAUCCAGUGUCCUGUGUGAAUUUAAGUAUGCUCUCUCUAAUUCUCUCGUUCUCUCUUUCUCUCUGAGAACCUGAGCCCUAGGACCAUACGUCAGGACUACCGGGCAUGAUGACACCUUGCUGUCCCCAGUCCGCCUGGCCCUGCUGCUAUUCCAGUUUCAACUGUUCUGCCUGCGGCUACGAAACCCCUACCUGUCCCAGACCUGCUGUUUUCAACUCUUUAAUGAUCGGCUAUGAAAAGCCAACUGAGAGACCUGAGCCCUAGGACCAUACGUCGGGACUACCGGCCGUGGUGACUCCUUGCUGUCCCCAGUCCGCCUGGCCUUGCUGCUAUUCCAGUUUCAACUGUUCUGCCUGCGGUUAUGGAACCCCUACCUGUCCCAGACCUGCUGUUUUCAACUCUUAAUGAUCGGCUAUGAAAAGCCAACUGAGAUUUAUUCCUGAUUAUUAUUUGACCAUGCUUGUCACUUAUGAACAUUUUUGAACAUCUUGGCAUGGUUCUGUUAUAAUCUCCACCCGGCACAGCCAGAAGAGGACUGGCCACCCCUCAUAGCCUGGUUCCUCUCUAGGUUUCUUCCUAGGUUUUCGCCUUUCUAGGGAGUUUUUCCUAGCCACCGUGCUUCUACACCUGCAUUACUAGCUGUUUGGGGUUUUAGGCUGGGUUUCUGUACAGCACUUCGAGAUAUUAGCUGAUGUAAGAAGGGCUAUAUAAAAUAAAAUUGAUUGAUUGAUUGAUUGAAUCCAUUUUGUGUUCCAGUCUUACUGUCUGAAAGUGAAGGAGAUGGACGAUGAAGAGUACAGCUGCAUUGUGAGUACCUUACCUAACUACUUAUGCCUGUAGUCCAUACAUAAACACUGAGAUCAUUGAGUAACAAAGUGGAUCUCUGUAGCGUGUUUGUGAUUUUGUUUUUCUUAAAUACCUGUGUGUUUCCUUAGGCGAUGGGAGAGCCCAUGUAUCGCGUCGGCACCGGUAACUAUGAGUACCGGCUUGUGCUGCGGUGUCGACAGGAGGCCCGUGCUCGGUUCGCCAAGAUGAGGAAGGAUGUGCUAGAGAAGAUUGAGCUACUGGACCAGAAACAUGGUUUGUUCUCUCUCUGUGUCUGUCUACCUAUGAGAAUCAUCCUCUCCAUUAACGCUCUGUCCGGCUACCUUUAAUAAGUGGACAGAGUAUCUCUCCAAACAGUCUCUCUCUGUUUGCCCAUUACUAAUGGAUCUAAAGAAAAAGCCUUCCCACUGGGCAAAAGUUGGUUGAAUCAACGUUGUUUCCACGUCAUUUCAACAAAAAAAUGCAAUGUGAGGACAUUGAAUCAAUGUGGAAGAAUUAUUGGAUUUGCAAAGUCAUCAACGUAAGGGAAUUUUGUCUUUUUUAGUUCACCCAAAUUUGUAUUAUAAUUCUUUUUUAUUUUACGUUGAAUUCAAGUUAGUUGACAACUCAACCAAAUGUAAAUCAAAACUAGACGUUGAACUGACAUCUGUGUCCAGUGGGUUACUUUUAUCCAAUGUACGAUCAGUCCCUCACUCUCUGCUUCACGUUCUACUAAUGUAUCAGACUGAGCGUUUCUCUACUAAUUGUAGACAGUAUUUUACCUCUGCACUGCUAGGAAAUACCAGAUCUGUUUUUCUGCAGUGAUCAAUCUAAAGUGUGGUAUAAAGGAAGGGUGUGUGUUAACAUCCGUCUCCAUCCCUGCUUCCCUUCAGUCCAGGACAUCGUGUUCCAGCUGCAGCGUUUUGUGUCGGGCAUGUCGCGCUACUACGACGAGUGCUACGCCGUGCUGAAGGAGGCUGACGUCUUCCCCAUCGAGGUGGACCUCUCCCGCACAAUGAUGAACUACGGCAGCCAGUCACACUCCUUCACAGAAGAGGAGGAGGAGGGAGGAGGAGGAAGUGAAGAACAGGAUGGGGGUGCUGGCAAGCAGGCUGAGAACGGUGCUGAAAAACUGAUUGAUGAUUAUUGA